AUGUCCUCACAAGUUUACUCAUCAAAGGUUAAGUCUGUUCUUUCAGGAGACACAGUCAUCUUUGAAAAUGACACUCAGAUUUCUCUUGCAUAUGUCUCGGCCCCCCGCCUGCAAACUGAGCCCUAUGGCUUCCAGGCUAGAGAGUACCUCCGCACUCUGCUUGUCGGAAAACCUGUCCGCUACCGCAUCCAUUACCAAGCAAAUAACAAUACCCGCAACUAUGGUGACAUCUCUGCUCCAGUUUUCCCUUCAUUGAUUGAAAAGGCUCUUACUGAUGGCAAUGUUAAGCUUCGCGAUGACGCACAAUCUCGCAUCCCCUUUUCAGAGAUUUAUGACAAGUAUCUUCUGGCAGAGACUGCCGCAAAGGACGCUGAGCUUGGUCUUUGGAACCCAGAAAGCGUAAAUGACACUGUCGAAAUAUUGCAAAUUGUCCCCGAAGAACUCUAUGGUGAUGGCGCCCAGCACGUUGCCAUCAUUGAACGUGUCAUUGCUGGUGACCGAGUCCAAAUCAGAGUCAUGCUUAACAAACACAGCCAUAUCCUCACAAAUGCCCUCGUUGCAGGAAUUCGUUGCCCACGUUCUUCGGGCGGCCCAGAAGGUUCUCAGGGUGAACCUUUUGGUGAUGCUGCAAAGGCUUUCACAGAAACACGUCUUCUCCAGCGUGCAGUCAAGGUUUCCUUCCUCGCUGCUAACCCUUCUAACGGACUUCCAAUUGCCGAAGUCAUCCACCCUGUCGGCAAUAUUGCAACUUUUUUGCUUUCUACCGGCCUUGCUUCAAUCGCAGACUGGCAGAGCUCCUUCCUUGGCCCUGCCAAAAUGGCUCCACUCCGUGCCGCCGAAAAGACCGCAAAGGAUGCUCACCUCAAUAUGUGGAAAGAUCUCGCCCAGCACUCGACUCUUAAAUCUGCUUCUUCUUCAUCGUCAAAGUCUUUUGAAGCCACUGUUGCCAAGGUUGUUUCUUCCGAUACUUUUGUUCUUAAGCUUGCCAACGGUAAGGAACAAACUGUCCAGCUUACUUCGGUCCGUGCCCCCCGCAAAUCUGAUCCAAACAAUAACUCCCUCUACGUCCCCAUUGCCCGCGAAUAUGCUCGUCGCAACUAUAUUGGCAAGAACGUCAAGGUCCAGGUUGACUCAAUUCGCCCAGAAUCUGCUCAAUUUGAUGAGCGUGCUUUGGUCACUUUAACUGCCCCCGAUGGUUCUGACGUUGCUACUUCAAUCAUUGAGAGUGGCUACGCUACUGUCACGCGCCACCGCAAAGAUGACAAUGACCGCUCUCCCAAUUGGGACAACCUGCUUGCUGCAGAAAACAAGGCCACAGAGGCCCACACGGGUAUUCACUCUAUUAAACCUCCUGCCCCUACUCGCACUGUUGAUGCCUCCGAGUCUCAAACCCGUGCAAAGACCUACCUCACUCAGUUGUCGCGUCAGUCCAAGAUCUCUGGUGUUGUUGAACACAUUUCUUCUGCUGGUCGUAUUCGAAUUGCUGUUCCUCACAACAAUCUCGUCCUGACUCUUGUUCACGCCGGUGUUCGUGUUCCCAAACCUAAUGAGGCUUUUGGUGAUGAGGCCCUUGAGUAUAUUUCCGAUUUGUUUUACCAAAGAGAUGUCCAGUUCACCGUUUCCAAUGUUGACAAAACUGGUGCCUUUAUUGGUAAUCUUUUCCUUCAAGGAUCUGACAAGCCUGUUUCUGUUGAUCUUGUCGAGAAAGGCUUUGCCGAGGUCCACGACUUUUCCGCUCAAUCCUCCGGCUUUAAGACUGAACUUGAUCAGGCUCAGGCUUCUGCCCAGGCUGCUCAUACCCGCAUGUGGAAGAACUACAAGGGUGAAGAAGAAAAGGCCAAGGAAGAAGCUGCUGCCGUGGCUGCUGCAAAGGCUGCCGCGGGCCAGGGCAACAAGGCCACUGCAGCCAAAAAUUAUUUCGAUAUUGUGGUGACUAAUGUUGCCCCCAGCGGCGAGGUUUCAUAUCGUCUUUCUAACAAACAGGCUGCAUACACUAAACUCAUGGCCGACCUUGCGUCUUACCACAAUGGCGCGGGUAAUGCCGCGGCUUCAAACCUCACCCGCGGACCCCGCCGAGGCGAGACUGUCACGGUUGUCCCCAAGCGCGGAGUUUAUGCUCGUGGCCGCGUUAUUGUCUUUGACAAAACUUCGGGUAUCUUUACUAUCAAUGAUGUUGAUACCGGCAAAACAGCAAAGUACAACCAGUCUCAGCUGAAGUCUUUGCCUGCACAGUUCUCCACUGCUCUGCACCCAGAACUUGCAAAGACUGUCGUCCUCUCUUUUAUCAAGCUGCCACCUUCUGCUCCUACUAACUACUUAGCCGAAUAUGUUGAUGCGCUGCGCGACAUGGUCGAGGGCCAAACUGUCGUUGCCAAUGUUGAUUCGCCUAGUACUGUGACCCCUGCCAGUGCUACUCUUUUCACAGCCAAGUCUACGGGCCCCAAUGAUUCCGUCAACAGCGCGCUCAUUGACGAGGGUUAUGCUUUUGUCAAGUCCAAGUUAACUGGUUGGGAAACUUGGGACGCGUGGAAGCCUACUCUCAAGCAUCUCCGUGAAUUGCAGCGUGCUGCACAGCAAGACCGUGUUGGUGUUUGGGAGUACGGUGACCCUGAAUCUGAUGAAGAGUAA